AUGUCAGAGCCCAUCCCGUCAACGUCCCGGCCUACAUCGGACCACAAUCAAAUCGCGCAACUAGAACGCAAGACCGACAUUGCUGCACAGCCAUCAUCACCACAGCUACUGCAGCCUUCACCGUCAUCUUCACGUACACGUUCCCGGUCACGCUCCCGGUCCCCCGCAAGAUCUACAUCCACACAUGCGACAACAUCGACCAGAGCCAGCUGGUUCAGCACCAUCUCCUCCACGUGGACACAGGCGACGAGCACCCUCGCUUGGACCGCCUCCUCCACGCUCGGCUCCUCGACGACGGCCCCUAUUCGAUCGACUAGUACUGCAGCCACUGCGGCCAGCAACGCACAACGAGCUGCCUUGCCUCAAGAAUGGAAGAACCUGUCCGACCAUGCCGGUCUGAGCCAAGGGGACCGGAAAGCCAGAGCGAUGGCCGAGCUCGCGACAAGUGGGGGUGGUUCAAGCUACCAGGCCGAGGAUGAUCCACUCCUCGAAACACUGCUCUACCGCGUGGGCUCCUCUCCUUCCCCUCUUCCUGGAAGUGAAGGCUGCUCUACUUAGCCCGCUUCUUUCCGCUCUCCAGGUCACUUGUCGCACAUCCGGUUCCGGGUCCACUGGCAGUGGGGCGAAGACACCUCUCCUGGUCCUCGCAGCCUGCUACCUCCCUUCAGCUACUUCACCAGGAUAUGACACCAUCCUUGAAGCUCUCACAAAUCGACUUGAAGCAUACGCUCGGAACGGGCCUUACUCACUGGUGCGUGUCCAAGUGAGCAAGAGGCGAAUUAGAAAAACCUGCCCAAUCGUUUCCCCACUCCACCUUGCGUGCAGAUCCUCUUAGCCUCACCAGUUCCGAAUCCACCGCCAACAGCAAGACUCAUCUCUUUGUUUCUGAACUUGAGCCGAGAGACGCGCAAGAAUGUCCUCAAGGUCUGGGUCGUCGGCGGAGGAUGGCCACUAAGGGUCAGUCCCGAGACCACCGAGUGACCGCAGUGGAUCGGACUAACGGGUUCGUUCCACGAGAACCCACAGGCACUCUUGGCGCUGUUCACGAGUCGGUUAUUGUCAGGCAAAGCCAAGGCGACGAGGAAGAUGGUGCAUUGUGCGACCUUGGGCGCUCUAUCCAAAGAAGUGGGCAGUGCGAUUUUCUUGGGGUGAGCCUCGCCCGAGGCCUCGGAGCUAGACACGUCCACAGCUGAGACCCAACGUUGCUGAGGCUUACAGCGUCGAAUUUCCGCCAGAGGUGUAUGCGUCAGUCUGCUCCAAAGUCUGCCUUUUUGUUAAAGUCCAGGGCUGAGACCACGUCCUUGACACAGAGCAAACGCGCGACAUGAAAGUCAUGGCGACCUUGCUGCUUCCUUGGAUCGGACUUCCUCGAAGCAGUUUGGCGUACCUCUCUCCGAGGCGAGUCUCUUCCUCGAGAAUUGUUGAAUGCGGCCAGGACUAAAUCGAGGAUGACCGUGUCCCCCAGAUAAUGGGAGCUGAAGGUGAUAAAGAGCCACCGUCUUGCGUGGUCGACUGCUUCGAGGUAUUGCGAACGCAAGGUAGGUACGCUUGGUACAAGGCCCGAGAGCGUGGGCUGAUAUUCUCCAGCGUACGUUUUAUUGUAGGAUCCGAAUCGACGGGUAUUUUUCGAAAGAGUCCGAGCGCAAUGAUGGUGGCCAUCUUGCAAGCUGCCUACGAUCGAGGUAUGCGAAUGACCCCACUCCAUUCUCCAUCUGCCUAGCCGAUGCUGAAUCUUAUUACUCUCUUCAGGCCACACUCUUACUCUACCUACCUACCCCGACGCACCUCACCUCGCUGCGUCUCUCCUGAAGCUCUACCUUUGCUCCUUACCGACACCAAUCUUCCCAUUCUCCCUAGAAAGUACCAUAAUCUCCUGCCCACUCCCGCGUUCGGAAGCGGAAGUCUACCUGCGAACGAAUAUGCUCCCCUCCCUUCCAGCGCCAGAACGAAACCUGCUCGGACAACUCGUCGACAUUCUCCGCGCCAUCGAAGCUAACAAAGCCCACAACAAGAUGUACGCUUACAAUCUCGUCGUUUGUCUGACCCCGACAUUAUGGACCGGUAUCGACGCGACUGGGAGUAAGACGCAGAGCAGGGGAGCGACGGCGGUGACGGCUUCGACCGCGGAGGAGAUCAAGUCGAUGCUUGGGAUGUGUAGUGUGCCUGAUGGAAAGGGUGGUGCGGAGGGCAAUACGGUCGCAGGGGUGUUGAAAGUCAUGAUUGAGGCGUGA